AUGGCUGAAAUAAAAGUUAGAAUGAGAGAAGAAAUUCUGAGUGAAAAAACUGAAAGGGAAAUAUUCAUUGUUGGGUGCAGAAUGGAGAAAAUCCAGGAAGAGUAUGAAAAUGUUGUAAGCAAUAAAAGAUGGGACAAGAAGCGAGAGUGUUAUGUCAACAGAGAUGGUGAACCUGUUGUCCACAGGAGGGACAUAGUUCAUGAUGAUGUUCUUUUAGUAAUUCCUCGAUCCGAUGAAUACUAUUCAAAUGUUGAAAAAGAUAAAACAUAUGCGAAAAGGAUGGAUAAAAUCAUACGAGAUGCCAUGACAUCAAGUUUGAGGAAGAGGGAUGAAGAAAGAAUGAAGAAAAAUGUUGAAUGUAUGGUGAACGAUUUGAAGAAAGUUGCUGAAGAAGUUAAAAUCAAAGCUGUGAAAGAUGAGGAUGUGAAGAUUGGUGAGGAAGAGAAGGAAGAAAAAGUUGUGGUUGAGAAAGAAAAGACGAAAGAAGAAGAGGAAGAAGAGAAGAAGAAGAAAAAUGAGAGUUUGAUUGCUGGUAAUGAUGGUGAUAAAGUUGAUGUUGGUGAUGAGAAGAAGAGUGAUGCUGAUCAGAAGCAGAUAGAAGCAAAAACCGAGGUGAUAAUCACUGAGGUGCUUCCAAAGAAAACUGUAUGUCAAAAAGAGUGUCGGAGCAGCCUGGCACAAGAAGAGGAGGCUGCUAAUCCCUGCAAUGGUUAA